GAUCCCUUAUACUAACUUUUCCUUUUAGAAAAAAUUUUCAUGUGAGGGAAUGGAGGGAGCUUCAUCCUCAUCUUCAUUUGUGAAUUUUCCUUCCACUGCUGAAGAUCAUCACUUGGUCGACGAUUUCUACUUUUCAGCACUUUACGAUGAUGAAGAAAUAUUUCCAAUUUCUGAUGAGAAAUAUGCUGAAGAGCUGCAACUACAAGAAGCACUCUAUUCCUCCACGAUGUCAAGUGGUAUGGUUGAAAAGAAAGCUGUUCAAGUGGAUGUAAAUGAUGUCGGUGACUUAUCUUUGAGAAACCUCAAGAGGAAACUUAAAGAGAUCGGUGAAGCUUCCCUUGCACACUGUGGUAUUUGCAUGGAUGCCAAGCCUGGGAAAGAAAUGUUCAGGAACCGAAACUGUUCUCACCUUUAUUGUGAUUAUUGCAUUGGAGGACAUGUUGCUGCGAAAAUUCAGGAAAAUAUAUCAAUGGUGAAAUGUCCUGAGCCAAAAUGUAAAGCGGUUAUAGAGCCAGACAACUGUUGUUCAAUUAUCCCUAAAGAAGUGUUUGAUAGAUGGGAAAAUUCUCUUUGUGAGAAUGUGGUGCUUGGAUCACAAAAGUUUUACUGUCCCUUUAAGGAUUGUUCAGCUAUGAUGAUAUGUGAAGCAGGGGAAGUUGUGACUUCAUCGGAGUGUCCACAUUGCAAUAGACUGUUUUGUGCACAGUGCAAGUUUUCGUGGCAUGCAGGAAUAAACUGUGUGGAGUUUCAGAUGUCGAAAAGAGAGAAAGGAGAGAACGGAGACUCAUUGGUGAUUGAACUUGCAAAGACUAAACGUUGGAGAAGAUGUCCAAAAUGCAAAAUUUACGUAGAAAGAAUUGAUGGAUGUACACGUAUUUCAUGCAGAUGUGGCCAUGAAUUUUGCUAUGCUUGUGGAUUGUCUUGGACUUCUAAACAUUAUUCGUGUGUAGUUCGUUAGGUUGAAAGAAUCCCCCCAGAUUGGAAUCUAUUGUUCAAUGUGGCCAUGAAUUUUGCUAUGUUUGUGGAUUGUCUUGGAGUGGUACACAUUAUUCAUGAGUAAGUUUUGGUGGAGACCAAGUUGAAAGAAUACCCCCAAACAUUGGAAUUUAUGGUUCACCGAGUACAUUUGAGAUUUUGGAUGGCCAUG